GAACUUCCUCGUCCUGUAAGCUGACUUCCUUUUGGCCAGACACUCACCUGUCACAAUUUGGACACUUUGAGGCAAACUCAAAGUCACAGCUUCUCAAGUGUUGCAGGGAUCAAUUUCAGCCUCAUCCAGGAAGUCCCCCUUCCUCCCUCUCUCUGAGGUGUGUGCAAGGGGCUGGCACACAUGCCACCUCUGUGGCGAGGGUGGCCCGGGGCCUGGAUGACCGUAUGUGUCCACUAUGUUAGGUGUGUGCCUGCCUCUGGCAUUCCCAGAGCUGAACAGAGUCUCCUCUGACCUGUGACAGGAUGGGCCCCACCCCACCCUCCUGUUGCAGCUCUGCCAGCUCCCACCCACUUCUUUCUCUCACACCCACAUCUUGUCAUAAAAUCUAGUGGGCUCCACCUGCACACUCUGUCCAUAAAUGGCCACCUCUCACCACCUCCCUGGCCCAGCCCUCAUCCUUCCCACUCAUGUUCCCCAAACUCUGUUCUCCCACAGUGGCCAGAGGGCACCGGGAACACCCGAGUUAGGUCAGGUCCCUCCUCUGCUCAGAGUCCUCCGUGGCUCCCACAUCACUAGGUGUAGAAGCUGAAGUCCUCACUGAGACCCACAAGACCCUAAGCAACAUGCUCCCAUCACCUCCCACCCCCAUCCCCUCCCUCUCACUUCCUCCUUCUGCCCCUCUCUCCCUCCUGCUGCUCCUGUUCCAGGCACAGUCCUGCUCAGGGCCUUUGCACUGGCUUAGGCCUCUACCUAGGACACUUCCUUCCCCUAGGAUUCUCUUGACUCAUUUGCUCAUUUCUUUUUUUUCCUUUUUUUCUUUAUUGUUGAAAGUAUUACAUAGGUCCUGCUUUCCCUCCAUUAAUGUCUUCCAGCCUGCUCCCAUCCUCCCUCCUCCACUCCCCCUUCCCCCCCUCCCUGCACCCUUCCCCUUCUGUAGGCCCUCACCCCCCUCCACUGUCUGUCCAAGGGUCAGGCACGUAUGCAAACAACUUCAUUGGUUGGUCUCUUUCCCUUUUCUUUCAAGUGUGAAUUCAGGGCCUCUGUUUUGCUGGAGAAGCCACCUUGGCCCCUCCCCAGCCCUACCUGUGAGAUCUGAAAACGAGGGAGGGGAAACAAGGAAUUCUGAGUGACUGAACAGUAAGCCUCAACAAGCCGUUUCCUGGCCAUCUUCUGUAAAAUUGCCACCCUCCUCAGACCCCUCGAUUACCCUUUAAGUGCAGUGCUUCUCUCUCUCGGCGGCACUUAUUGUCCGAUAUGCCCUCUCACUUAUUUACUUAUCGCGUUCCUUAUUUAUUGCCUGGUUCACGUCUCUAGAAAUUUUUGCUCCUCCAAGGCUGGGAUCUCUGCCUGUUUAGUUCCCUGCUGUGUCCUCAGUGCCCAGAGCAGCACCCGGCGCAGAACAGGUGCUCAAUGAAUAAGUGUGGGAUGAAAAGGAGCCUGCAGACUCACAGCCCGUUAAAGUACACCCUCCAGCGACACAGUCCUGGCUUUGACUCCCGGCACCACCAUGGAUCACUGGUUUGCAGAUCACCCCACGUGCCACUAGAUGGCGGAUAAAUCAGGACUCUGCUCUCUGUGGACCCCACCUUCUUGUCUCUGAUUGGUGUCUGAGGCCCCCCAGGCUGAACUAUGUUUAUCUCUCAACCAAUUAACUCUCAAUAAGCAGGGAGACACUGCAUUGGACCAUCUCCCUUAAAGCAGAGUCCCAUGUUCCAACCCUCUCUCCUCAGACUCCUAAGAAGCAGUGGGAAAAUGCCACCUGGCUGGUGACAGAGUUUGUGCUGGUGGGUUUCUCCAACCUCCCACACCUGAGGACCACCCUCUUCACGCUGUUCUUCCUCAUGUACCUGGUCACCCUCAGUGGCAAUGCCACCAUCAUCACCAUUAUCCAUGUGGAUCGGACCCUUCACACCCCCAUGUACCGCUUCCUGGCGGUGCUGUCCCUGUCGGAGACCUGCUACACGCUGGUCACCAUCCCGAAUAUGCUGGCUCAUCUGCUCGUGGAGAGCCAGGCCGUCUCCAUUGCUGGCUGUCGGGCUCAGAUGUUCUUCUUCCUGGGCCUGGGCUGCAGCCACUGCUUCCUCCUGACCCUGAUGGGUUAUGACCGCUUCGUAGCCAUCUGCCACCCGCUGCGGUACUCGGUGAUCAUGAGACCCACAGUCUGCCUCUGCCUGGGAGCCCUGGUUUUCUGUUUGGGGUUCUCAGUGUCCCUGAUCGAGACCAGCAUGAUCUUCUCGUCGCCCUUCUGCCACAGCGACCGCGUGGAGCACUACUUCUGCGACAUUGCCCCUGUUUUGAAGCUCAGCUGCGCCCAGAGCACAGGCAAAGCGCUGGGCAUCUUCUUCCUCAGCGUCCUGGUGGUGCUGAUCUCCUUCCUCCUCAUCCUCCUCUCCUAUGCCUUCAUCGUGGCUGCCAUUGUGAGGAUCCCUGCGGCCGCUGGCCGGCGCAAGGCCUUCUCCACCUGCGCCGCCCACCUCACUGUGGUCAUCGUGCAUUUCGGCUGUGCCUCCAUCAUUUACCUGCGCCCCGCGUCCGCAGGAAACCCUGCCCAGGACCGCCUGGUGGCCGUCUUCUACACGGUGGUCACGCCGCUGCUGAACCCGCUGGUGUACACUCUGCGCAACAAGGAGGUGCGGGUGGCUCUGAGGAGGACCCUGGCGCGCAGCUGCGGGGUUUGCAAAUGACCACUCGCUCUGCAUUGUGGCUCUAGCUUUUUCGUGGUCGUGUGUCCUGCCUGACAUUCAAUUUCUCCUCCUGGAAAACGGGGGGCGGCUCCCAGAACCUUAAAUGACAUAGUCUGCUCUAGCCGGUUUGGCUCAGUGGAUAGAGCGUUGGCCUGAGGAAGGGCCCCAGUGUGGAUUCAGACCAAGGGCAUAUACCCGGCCUGCAGGCUCCAUCCCCAGUAGGGGGCUUGCAGGAGGUAGCCAAUCAAUGAUCCUCUCUCAUCAUUGAGG